AUGUUUUCUGUCUUGGCACUCGUAUGGAUAAUUGCUUCACAAUGCCAGACAAAGAUGUCUAUGUUGCAGCUUCUUGCCGGAGCUCAGUUGGCAAGGAUGAGGUUAGUUUUUUAUUUACUUCUUACAGUUAAGAUUUCUUAA